GCCUCGGCCGCCCCCACACUCCCCCAGAUGUAUUAUGCGGUUUCCCAGGCGCGCGUGAACGCGGCCCCAGCGACCAUGCUGCGGCCACAGCGGCCCGGAGAAGUGCAGCUCGGAGCCUCCCUGUAUGAGCUGGUGGGCUACCGGCAGCCGCCCUCUUCCUCCUCCUCUUCUUCCACUUCCUCCUCCUCCUCCACGACGGCCCCCCUCCUCCCCAAGGCGGCGCGCGAGAAGCCGGAGGCGCCUGCUGAGCCUCAGGGCACGGGAUCCGGGCCGGGCGCGCACGCGGGCGGCGGCUCCCGGGCGGACGCCAAAGAGGAGCAGCAACAGCAGCUGCGGCGCAAGAUCAACAGCCGAGAGCGGAAGCGCAUGCAGGACCUGAACCUGGCCAUGGACGCGCUGCGCGAGGUCAUCCUGCCCUACUCGGCGGCGCACUGUCAGGGCGCGCCGGGCCGCAAGCUCUCCAAGAUCGCCACGCUGCUGCUCGCCCGCAACUACAUCCUGCUGCUGGGCAGCUCGCUGCAGGAGCUGCGCCGCGCGCUCGGCGAGGGCGCGGGGCCCGCCGCGCCGCGCCUGCUGUUGGCCGGCCUGCCUCUGCUCGCCGCCGCGCCCGGCUCCGUGCUGCUGGCGCCCGGCGCCGUGGGGCCGCCCGACGCGCUGCGCCCGGCCAAGUACCUGUCGCUGGCGCUCGAUGAGCCGCCGUGCGGCCAGUUCGCGCUCCCCGGCGGCGGCCCGGGCGGCGGCGCGGGCAGCCCCGGCCUCUGCACCUGCGCGGUCUGCAAGUUCCCGCACCUGGUCCCGGCAGGCCUGGGCCUGGCCGCGGUGCAGGCGCAGUUCUCCAAGUGA